AUGACAUCUACUCCCCCUCUCCUGCCUGAGCUUGCUGCUCUCACCAGCGACGACUCAAUGCUCACUAGACGUUUUGGCAAGGAAGUCAUCAACUACUAUGCUGGUAGUCGACUUAACCGCUACUCAUUCCUCCGGUCAGAUGCCGCCUUUCUUAACAAAGCUGCUACAAGCUCCUCUGCGCGCUUUGUCGCAUUGACGGACUUGAACCCUCUUGUGGUCGAGAAGCGAAAGCUUGCGCUGUUAACAUACGACGAUGUCAAGCCGCUUAUCGAGGAACCAUUCAAGCUAGCUGAUGCACAGAGGACUAAGAACUACGAUUCCACGGCGGGACCCUCCGCGCUGAUUGUGUUCCUGGGCACAGUGGAUGGUGAUGAUGUGAUCUUUGAAACUUCAGAGCACGGAGAGGUCAAGGGCCGGCCGUUUUUCGCACUUGAUAUAACACCCAAGGGCCAGCGCAAGGACCUAGCAGAGACGUGGCUGAAGACACAGGAGGAAAAGGGGCUGUGGAUAGCAACAAACCCAAGAAGCCUGUCUUUGCAUUCAGAAGAUGCCGCCAUGUUUGCCCAAGCCCGCUCAAUAAUCGACUGGAACGUCCGUAACGUCUUCUGCGCUGGCUGCGGCAACCCCAACCUAUCCAUUGAGGCGGGCUACAAACGCAUCUGUCCGCCGACCGAUCUCAAGGGAAGCUCUGAAGCAAUCGAACUCCCAGAUUGUCCAACACGCCACGGAGUAUCCAACGUCUGCUUCCCCCGAACAGAUCCAACCAUGAUUGCAGCUGUGGUGUCCGCUGAUGGCCAACGUAUCCUCCUGGGUCGGCAAACCCGCUGGCCUCCCUACUGGCACAGCACACUUGCGGGAUUUCUGGAACCCGGUGAAUCCAUUGAGGAGGCUGUGCGUCGGGAAGUGUGGGAAGAAGCUGGUGUGCGUGUAGGUCGGGUGGUCGUGCAUUCUACACAACCAUGGCCAUAUCCAUCUAGUUUGAUGAUUGGCGCUAUCGCGCAGGCUCUGCCAGGCGAUGGGGAGAAAAUCAAUUUGAACGACAAAGAACUGGAGAGCGCAAGGUGGUUCACCGUGGAAGAGGUCAGGACAGCGCUCGCGCAGACCGCUGGUGCUCUCGGCGCACCUCCUCCAAAGGACUACACGGAAGGUGAUUUGAGGGUGCCGCCGCCUCAAGCUAUUGCGAAUAGAUUGAUGACGGCCGUGGUGGAGGGGUACUUGUUGGGCAACUCCAAGAUUUGA